AUGGAUCUUUCAGAGGAUAUGGCUUUUAGCCAGAAUAAUCCUAAUUGGUAUGAAAAAUUCUGGAACACAUUGACUGCUGAGCAAAAGUUAAAAUUGGAAGAAAUCAAUAGAUUGAAAGCCGUUUUCAAAAACAGCUAUCGUGCAACGCCAGUCCCUAUCCUUCCUUUGCUGAGUGAUAUAACCCAUUCAAAGCGUUCUCUAUCUGAUAUUCAAGCAGACCUUACAUCAAAAAGGCAACGUUUAGGAUCAGUGGAAAACGGUGGAGCCUCUCCGGACGAAAUAGGAUCAAGCAAUACCAAAGCAAGAUGUUGGACGGCUUUUGAACCUUUGACUAUAGAAGGAUAUGAAGAGCAACAAGAAUGGGAUUCAUCAAAAUUUCGAUUGCCCAGUAAAAAGAAUCAAGAAUUACCUGAUCGUACUUCUCGUUGGUGUUUGGAAUUUGAAAAACCCAUAAAACAUCCAGAAAAAAGAAUUAGGGAUCGAUUGAAAGAAUUGAUAGAAUUGCGUUGGUCAAAAAAUAAUUCGGAUAAAGGUCCUUUGUUCAAGGAUGAGAAUGGGAUCUUACGCAUUCCAGAAGUCAAUAACACUCUACGUAUUGAUGGUCACUAUAUGGUUGACAUCACUUGCUCUACCAUAGAAGAAAGCUACUAUUUGGCUUGCAAAGUAAAAACCAUCGAUGUUCAAGCAGAAGAUGGAAAAGCCGGUAUUCGAAUAGAAUGCAUUGAUCCUGGUCGCUGCAGAGAUCCUCAAAUCCUUACAAUUAUGAUUUCAUUGGAAUCCAACGAGAUUGUUCCCGCUGAUCAAGUUCCCAAUCUUUAUUACGAAAGAGCAAUUUACUAUAUAAGUCAAGACUAUGCGACAUUAUUUCAACUUCUAGGUGCUUGGCGCCCAACAACAAAAUGGAGUGAUGGAACACAAAGCAGUGCUCGCCCUUUCGCUUGCUUUGCUGUAAAAAUGGCAGAAGGAAUAGAUAAGUCAAAGCUCCCUUGGGAUACUAUUACUUACAAAACUGUUCCAAACGGGCCUAAGAUUCUCUGCAAAUUCAAUUUAGAGCAUGUUGAAAAGUAUAAUCGCUGCAGCAAAUGUAGACAACUAGGUCAUUCGUUCGGAAACUGUCCAACAACUGUGUGCUUCAAAUGCAACGUACUGGGACACAUGAAGAAGGAUUGUCCAAAUAAGAAACCAAAAUAUAGAUGCCAGAAUUGCGGCGAAGAGGGUCACAUGAAGAAGGAUUGUCCUAAUCCUCCUGAAUUUUUUUGA